AGAGGGCCAGUGGCAGAGAUCCGACGGCGUUCUGAACCGGCUGCAACCGUGCAACACAGCUGGCGACCUAGGUACACUGGAGUUGAGUGGACACUGGUAGUAGCUAGCAGACUUUUGUAGUAAAAACUGAGGAAGAAAGGGUUCUGGCGACCUAAGUACCGUUCUGCUGUAUACACAGAGGCCGGCGCACGUAGUUGAAAUGCCGGCAAAACUCUUGGCAUGGUUACAACUAUUGAGUCCAGAACUUAGAAUCGAAUAUAGUUAUGUGCAGUUGUUAUUUUCACUUCUAACAGGGCUUCUGCUCCAAGUGAUCCCAGCAGCUGACCAUACGACUGUAUACUGUUACAACACCUGAUAAUAUGGCUGUCAGCCCCACCCUCUCAGUCCUCACUGCUCUGCUCUCUCCCACCACCCUCCCCUCGGAUGCCACGCCCACCACGGAGGACCCCCUCCAGCGACAUUUCUCGGCGAUUGUGGGGGUGCCAGUGGGGAUAGGGCUGGCCAUCCUCAUCCUGAGCUCCUGCGCCCUCUAUCUCUUCCUCUCUGCCUACAUCAAACAUCGCCGGGAGGAGAGAGAGCAGGCCACCAACACCACCAACGUCGUGAGCAUAUUUCACUCACACCAUCUCUUGCACCCUCGUAUCUGUCUGUCUGUCUGUCUGUCGUUCUAUGGACAUAUGGCAAUGGCCCCCAGCUAUAGUAUUCAUCACUAGAGGAAGUGUGGCUGGGUGGUGAUGAGUCACUAGGAGAAGAGGGUGUGUCAUUACUGUUGCAGUGUGUGGAAGAGAAGAACACAAAUUUGAAGAGACUGUGGCUGUCAAAGAAAUUCAAAAGAGACAUAAUAAUAUUAUUAUCAAGUAAUAUUGUGUGGGUGUAAUGAUUGUUUGACUGAUUGAAAACAAUAAUUAGUUGUGUCAUGCCUUGUCUUGAUGAAAAGCAAAGCAGUACAUAGAUGUGUCAAAAACAUUAACAAAAAAUUAUUCAUGACCAUGCCACAUUCGUCACUGAUCUAUUGUACGUGAUUUUUAAUAAUCACAAGUAAUACUCCACAAUCUAAAUAACAUACACACAUACAUUACUUCAAUACAAUACACAGCUACAGACUGUAUGGAGUGUUUCAAGAUGACAGUAGAAUGUUAGUGUGUGGCUGGAGGUUGUAGGGAGGGAGGGGGAGAGGAUGAGGGAGACAGAGG